CUCCUCUCAAACGUGCGUCAGGCGGACGAAGCGCGGCGAUACGGCGCUCGAGUUUACUGCGUGGGAAUCAAAGACUUUGACGAGCAGCAGCUGGCAGAAAUCGCAGACACCAAGGACCAAGUGUUUCCUGUCAAAGACGGUUUCCACGCCCUCAAAGGCAUCGUCAAUUCUAUAUUAAAGCGCUCGUGUACAGAGAUUCUGACUGUGGAACCGUCCACUGUCUGUGUGAACGAAACCUUCGACAUCGUCCUCAGAGGAAACGGAUUCACUCAGGGACGGAGCAGUGAAGGAGUGAUGUGUAGUUUCAUCAUCGACCAACAGACCAUCAAUAAUAAACCCAGUGUGGUUCGCAGUGAUUAUCUGCUGUGUCCUGCUCCAAGACUGUAUGAGGAGGGACAAUCCAUGGGCGUUCUCAUCAGCCUCAACAAUGGAAAAGCGUUUAUCUCCUCUGCCUUCACCAUCUCUGCAUCCACCUGUUCUGAUGGUCUAGUCAUUGCCGCGCUUCCUGGUUCUCUUCCUCCUCCUCUUCUCAUGUGGUGGUUCUGGCCUCUGUGCUGCAGGUGAGUCAUCAAAGACCCGCCUCCGCUGCCGCCGCCUUCUCGGCCACCGCCUCCUGAACCCGAGCCUCUGCCAAAGAGCAAAUGGCCAACAGUGGACGCGUCGUACUACGGAGGCCGAGGAGCCGGAGGAAUCAAACGGAUGGAGGUGCGUUGGGGGGAGAAAGGUUCCACAGAGGAGGGGGCUCGGCUGGAGAAAGCUAAGAACGCUGUGGUGACAGUUCCAGAGGAAACAGAUGAACCCAUGGUCCAGCGUCCUAGAAAUCCAGCUCCAGUUCAGCAGCAGCCCCAACACAAGUGGUACACGCCCAUCAAGGGUCGUCUGGAUGCUGUGUGUGCUCUGCUGCGACGACAGUAUCACAGAGUUUCACUCAUGAGACCAACGUCUGCAGAUCAGGGUCGAUGCAUGAACUUCGAGCGUGUUCAGCGUCAGUAGUAGAAGAAGAAGAA